AUGGCGUGCACUACUACUACAUGUACUAGACUCUGGCUCUGUCUGGUACUCGUCCUAUGCUACUGCUAUUUCCCAGUCAUGAGUCAAGACACGGCCACCGCUCCCGCGCGUGAUGUCUUUGACUUGUUGGAUGCCAAUCGCGAUGGUCGCAUGGAUCGAGCGGAAUUUAAUCAAGCGUUGGAUCAAUUUGAAGAUUUUUUGCGUCAUCAUCCUCAGACGGCAUCAAAGAGUUGGUUUCACGGGUCGCAUACGACAGAUCUGCCCUUUUGGAAUGGAUUCACCAGUGCCGUGGCCAUGAUUGUCGCGACGGAAAUUGGCGACAAGACGUUUUUUAUUGCGGCCGUCCUGAGUAUGAAGAAUGAUCGACGUGCUAUUUUUGGAGGUGCCAUUUUGGCAUUGAUUGUCAUGACAAUCCUCAGUACCGUCAUGGGAUUGGUCUUGCCGGCAUUUAUGGAUCGCAAAUACACACAUUUGCUGGCGGGAGUACUCUUUGGAUAUUUUGGAUUGCGAUUGUUGUACGAAUCCCAAAGCAUGGCCGCCCAUAAAGUCAGUGAGGAAUUGGAAGAAGUCGAAGGAGAAUUGCUGCAUACACGCAACAAGAAAAGUGAAGGAGAUGGAAUUGAUGGUAGUAUUGAUAAUGAAUCUUCCUGUCCCAGUGGAGGGGACGAUACCGAAGGAAAUUCCACCGAUCCCGAACGAGGAAUGAGCAAAAAGAGGGUCAAAAAUAAGAGUCGUCGACAACCAUGGCACAUGCUAGUCUUUCAAUCCUUCAUGCUCACGUUCGUCGCCGAAUGGGGCGAUCGCAGCCAAAUUGCGACCAUUGCUCUGGCGGCCGCCAAAAAUCCAUACGGUGUCACCAUUGGAGGCUGUCUUGGGCAUUCUCUCUGCACCGGUCUUGCCGUCAUGGGAGGACGCAUGUUGGCCGCACGGAUCAGCGAAAAAACUGUCAGUCAAUGGGGAGGUGUCCUCUUUCUCUUGUUUGGCAUUCAUUCACUCUUUUUUGAGUCAUAA